AUGAGCGGUCUACGCUUCCUCGACUUGGUGAAGCCUUUCACCCCCCUGAUUCCUGAGAUCGCCGUCCCCGAGACCAAGACUCCCUUCCAGCAGCGCCUGAUAUGGACUGGUGUCACUCUCCUGAUCUUCUUGGUCAUGUCACAGAUGCCCCUCUACGGCAUUGUGUCCUCUGACACCUCUGACCCGCUCUACUGGCUCAGAAUGAUGAUGGCCAGUAACAGAGGUACUCUCAUGGAACUGGGUAUCACCCCUAUCAUUUCUUCCGGCAUGGUCUUCCAGCUUCUUGCUGGUACCCACCUCAUUGACGUCAACCUUGACCUCAAGGCCGACCGUGAACUCUACCAGACUGCACAGAAGCUCCUCGCCAUUAUCCUGUCCUUCGGUCAAGCCUGCGUCUACGUCCUCACCGGUCUCUACGGUCAGCCCUCCGACCUUGGUGCUGGUAUCUGCGUUCUCCUCGUUGUUCAGCUCCUUACCGCCGCUCUGAUCGUCAUCCUCCUCGAUGAGCUCCUCCAGAAGGGUUACGGUCUCGGCAGUGGUAUCUCGCUCUUCAUCGCUACCAACAUCUGCGAGUCGAUCGUCUGGAAGGCUUUCUCGCCUACCACCAUCAACACUGGCAGAGGUCCUGAGUUCGAGGGUGCCAUCAUCGCCCUUGUCCACCUUUUGGUUACCUGGCCCAACAAGCAGCUUGCCCUCAAGGAGGCCUUCUACCGCCAGAACCUGCCCAACGUCAUGAACUUGAUCGCUACCAUCGCCGUUUUCAGCGCCGUCAUCUACCUCCAGGGUUUCCGUGUCGAAAUCCCCGUCAAGUCCUCGCGCCAGCGUGGUAUGCGCGGUUCUUACCCCGUCCGUCUCUUCUACACCUCCAACAUGCCCAUUAUGCUUCAGUCGGCUCUCUCUUCCAACGUCUUCCUUGUCAGUCAGAUGCUCUACUCUCGCUUCAGCGACAACCUUUUGGUUAAGAUGAUCGGAGUCUGGGAGGCUCGCGAGGGAUCUUCUCAGAUGCUCCCCAUCUCUGGUCUUGUCUACUACAUGUCCCCUCCCCUCAACUUCAAGGAUGCCCUUCUUGACCCCGUCCACACCGCCCUCUUCAUCGCCUACAUGCUCAUUGCAUGCGCCGCUUUCUCCAAGACCUGGAUCGAGGUCUCCGGUUCCAGCCCUCGUGAUGUCGCCAAGCAGCUCAAGGAGCAGGGUCUCGUUAUGGCCGGUCACCGUGAUGAGUCCAUGUACCGUGAGCUCAAGCGUGUUAUUCCUACUGCUGCUGCCUUCGGUGGUGCCUGCAUUGGUGCUCUCUCCAUUGUCAGUGACCUUGUCGGCGCUCUUGGUAGCGGUACUGGUAUCCUCAUGGCUGUCACCAUCAUCUACUCUUACUUCGAGAUUGCCGCCAAGGAGGGUGACAUGUCCGGCCUCAGAGGCAUGGUCAUGGGUUAA